ACUGCCCUGAGAAGCCGACGGUGUUCAGAACCCGUUAGAAAUCUUUACAUCCGGCCAUUUCCCCAUGUAAUCUAGACAAUAUCAUCUCAAUGUUCAUGUGCAGGAUAUAUUUCAGCUGACCGUUUGUGUCCGUCAGUCUGGGCGAACAUGGUGAAGAGGAAGAGCUUGGAUGACAGCGACCAGGAGAGUUGCGCAGGAAUACCAUUUCCGAUCCAGACCUUCCUGUGGAGACAGACCAGCGCGUUCUUGCGACCGAAGUUAGGGAAGCAGUAUGAAGCAUCUUGUGUGUCUUUUGAGCGGGUGCUGGUGGAGAAUAAGCUCCAUGGGCUUUCUCCAGCUCUCACCGAGGCCAUCCAGAGCAUCAUGCGCUGGGAGCUAGUGCAGGCUGCACUGCCUCAUGUCCUCCACUGCACUGCCAUCCUCCUCUCCAACCGCAACAAGCUAGGGCACCAGGAUAAACUGGGUGUAGCCGAGACCAAGCUACUCCACACUCUUCACUGGAUGCUGCUGGAAGCAGCUCAGGAGUGCCACCAGGACCAGGGACAUUUAUGGUCUGGUGGAGGUAGCAGUGGCAGCAGCAGUGCCUUCUUCCAGCCUUUGAGUAACCAAAGCCAUCUGGAACACAAUGGCAGUACUCCAGAAGAGAACGAGUACGCUCGAGCCAAACUUUACCACAAGAAUAUGGCCACUGUAGAGCUGUUCGUUUUCCUCUUUGCUCCACUUGUCAACCGCAUUAAGGAGUCUGAUCUUACAUUUCGAUUGGCUAGUGGUCUUGUCAUUUGGCAGCCAAUGUGGGAGCAUCGUCAGCCUGAUGUGCCUGCCUUCUCUGCUCUCAUCAAGUCCAUGCGCAAUAUUGUUACUGCAAAGAGGAACUCUCUGGUAAAUAACCAGUGUAGCCUCUGUGCUCCCAGCAACCCUUGCCCCACAGUGGUGUGUGAAUCUGUUCAGUCUGACUCCUCCUCCACUUCAGUGAAGGCCCAGAGCUGUCGCCGUGGAAACUCAGUGGAGAGAGGAGGCACCUCGCAACAGCCAUGUGAUCGAGGCCUCACUCAAAAGAAGUUGUCAGCACCUGGAGCUAUCUCUGUGUGCCAGAGGGCACGCUAUGCCACCUUCUUUGAUGUGGCAGUGCUACGGUGCUUGCUUCAGCCUCACUGGACAGAGGAGGGUGUGCACUGGGCGCUUAUCUUCUACCUGCAGCGGCUCAGACAGAUUCUGCAAGAGAAGCCUGAGCGCCCACCAGAACCCCCCAGAGCACCCCUGGCAAGACCACGAAGCAGCUCCAUGGUGGCUGCAACGCCAUCUUUGGUCAACACACAUAAAACACAGGACAUGACCCUGAAAUGUAAUGAGGAGGGGAGGUCACUGAGCUCGGAGACCUUCUCCAAAAUAUCCAUUACCAACCUCAGAAGACCAGCCAUCCCAGACCUCUCUACAGAUGUGAGCAUGAACAUUUUCAAAAAGUUUAAGAACCGCAGGGAGGACAGGGAGAGAAAGGGCUCUAUUCCUUUCCACCAUACGGGGAAGAAGAGACAACGGCGUAUGGGGGUGCCUUUCCUCAUGCACGAGGACCACUUGGAUGUGUCACCUACACGUAGCACCUUCUCAUUCGGGAGCUUCUCUGGAUUGGGUGAUGACCGGCGGCCCCUGGAGCGAGGUGGCUGGCCCUCCACUAUCAUAGGGAAGUUGACUCGUCGUGGCAGCACAGACACAGCAGGGGAUGUGGACAGUCUUGGAAUAAAACACUCUCAUUCCCAUCACAACCUGCCCGACCACUCCAACAGCCACAGUGAUAAUGCCAUCAAAGAAGGUGUCCGUUCCCAGAUCUCUACUAUCACUAUGGCCACCUUUAACACAACGGUGGCCUCCUUUAAUGUGGGCUACACUGAUUUCUUCACGGAGCACAUUAAGAAGCUCUGCAAUCCCAACCCCAUCCCUGAGAUGCCUUGUGAGCCAUUGGCUUGCUCCAACCUGCCACGCAGCCUCACUGACUCCUGUAUCAACUACUCAUGUCUGGAAGAAAGAGACAGCAUUGAAGGAACCAACAGCUUUAUCUUGAAGAACGGCAUGCUGGAUCUCUCUGCUGUCCUCAGGGCUGUGUAUGCCGUCCUCACGCAUGACAUUAGCUCACGGAUCUGCGAUGUGGCCCUCAGCAUUAUUGAGUGCCUCCUACAGCUGGGUGUUGUGCCCAGCAUAACCAAGAAGGUUGCCAAACCAGAGGACAAGGUGAAGGAGGCAGACCUUUCUAAGGAAGGAGCCAGCCAGAGUGUAGGCGGUGCUCAUGGAGGUGUGGAUGGUGGUACAGGGGCUGUUCCCAGUGGAGGGAGUGGAGAUGGUGACGGAGGAGGUGAUGGUGGAGGAGGAGGAGAGAGUGGAAGUGGAAGUAAAAAUGAUAUUAAAAACAACAAAGGCAAUAAGGAAGAGGACUCUGCCCUCAGCACUCACAGAUUAGCUCUAACUAUGCUUAUUAAAAUUGUGAAGUCUCUUGGCUGUGCCUAUGGAUGUGGAGAAGGCCAUCGUGGGCUUUCUGGAGACCGUCUGCGCACACAGGCUCAGAACUGCCUGACCAGUCUGUACAAGCUAGAUAAAGUGCAGUUCCGGCAGACCAUGAAAGAGUACGUCAACAAGGAUUCUCUCAACAACAUAGUGGACUUUCUGCAUGCUCUGCUUGGCUUCUGUAUGGAGCCCAUCACUGACAAAUACGGCAGUGCAGGUGAGAGGUCCAGGAGGGCGAAUAAACGAAACUUCGACAAGGCUGGCUUUGGAAACAAUUUUGCUACAGGAGGGGAUAAAUCUCUUGCCCAGAGCAUGGAGGCCGUGGUUGUGGGCUGCAUGUUCAAAUCCCUCAUAACCAGAUGUGCAUCCACUACACAUGAGCUGCACAGUCCAGAAAAUCUGGGUCUGUACUGUGACAUUCGACAGCUGGUUCAGUUUAUCAAAGAAUCACACGGCAACGUAUUUCGCCGUGUGGCACUAAGUGCCCUAUUGGACAGUGCAGAAAAACUCAAUGCCACAAAGAAAACCGAGGACAAAGAGGACACCAAGCCAACUGCACAAAAAAGUGAGGAGCAGAUUCCUGGAGCUCUAUUAGGAAGGAAGGACUUCUGGAGGAAGAUGUUCAAGUCUCAGAGUGCUGCCAGUGACACCAGCAGCCAAUCAGAACAGGACACAUCAGAAUGCACUACCGCCCACUCGGGCACGACCACAGACCGCCGCUCACGCUCUCGCUCCCGACGCAUCUCACUGCGCAAGAAGCUUAAACUUCCCAUAGGCAACUGGCUGAAGCGUUCGUCCCUGUCCGGCCUGGCUGAUGGGGUGGAGGACCUCUUAGACAUCAGCUCAGUGGACAGACUAUCCUUCAUCCGGCAGAGCUCCAAGGUGAAAUUCACCAGCGCCGUCAAGCUGUCAGAAGGAAGUGCCACAGAAUACGGCCACGAGGAGGAGGAGAACUUCUUCAAGAGGCUUGGUAAAUGGCGGUCUGGCCGGCGGAACCCAUCCAAACUUCACCACACAGAGGAGAAAGAUGGAUGCCAUGGAUUCCCAGAGCGCUUGGCUUCGAACCAGGAUGCAAUAAAGAAUAAGAACAUAGUAAAUCUGGGUGCCAUCAGACAGGGUAUGAAGAGGUUCCAGUUCCUCCUGAACUGCUGUGAGCCAGGCACCAUCCCUGAUGCCUCUAUCCUGGCUGCUGCACUGGACCUGGAAGCUCCAGUGGUGGCAAGGGCCUCCUUAUUCCUGGAGUGUGCUCGUUUUGUGCAUCGCUGUAACCGUGGCAACUGGCCAGAAUGGAUGAAAGGUCACCACGUCAACAUCACCAAGCGAGGGCUUUCACGAGGACGCUCACCUGUGGCUGGGAACAAGAGAAACAAUAAGUUGCAGUGGAAUGCAGCUAAGUAUUUCUACCAGUGGGGCGAUGCAAUUGGCACUCGUCUUAGCGAGCUGUGUCACUCAGAUAGUGAGAGUCCAGCUAACAUCCUGGGCUUUAUUUAUGACGAGGAGAGCAAAAGGAGGGCACGGAAAGAGGAUGAAGAAGAAGACUUCCUGGAUGACAGUACUGUAAACCCCACCAAAUGCAACUGUCCCUUUGCUCUUAAGAUGUCCGCUUGUCAGCUGCUUUUAGAGAUUACUACCUUCCUGAGGGAGACUUUUCCCUGCCUUCCACGCCCACGCACAGAGCCCCUAGUGGAUUUAGAGAGUUGCCGGCUGCGUCUGGACCCAGAGCUGGGCCGUCAUCGCUAUGAGAGGAAGAUCAGCUUUGCAGGAAUCUUAGAUGAUGAGGACAGCCAUGAUUCCCUGAACAGCAGCAGUCACACUCUGAAGUCUGACACAGCAUGUGAUGAAAAGAAAUCAUCUCAAGAACCCCUGGGUAUGAUUGUUUCAAUGAAUCGGUCUUUUUUUGUUCAUUUGCAUAUAUUUGAUACUCACUUGCACUCUUCAGCUCCCACCAGGAAGAUCCGCAUUGGAGGUUCUCGGCUACUGCAGAUUAAAGGGGCGAGGAGUUUCAAGGUGAAGAAAGGUGGUUCUCUGUCCUCCAUCCGCAGAGCUGGCAGUCUGAAGAGCACCAAGAUGUCUCGGCAGGACUCGGAGUCCGAGAACGACGCCGAGUCUGAUCGUCUGCUGUCACAGAGCAGAGACACGGUCACUGAUAUCGGGAGCUCCUGGAGUGCUAGUGAGCCCAGCAUUGAGCCAGAAGGUCCUGGAAGCACAAGUGGAGGGGACGACUACCACCGCAACAUGUCAUGGCUACAUAUCAUGAUCCUGCUGUGCAACCAGCAGAGUUUUAUCUGCACUCAUGUGGACUAUUGCCACCCUCGCUGCUAUCAACGCCACAGCCGCUCCUGUGCUCGCCUUGUCCGUGCCAUCAAGCUGCUUUAUGGAGAGACUGUUGAUAGCCUGAGAGAAGACAGCUCCAGCAGUAGUUUUGGCACCCGUGCCAAGAAGAGCAAAGAGUGCUCAGACAAAUCAUGCCUGCGGACUCCAUCUAUGAAGAGACGUCCUACUGACAUCAGCGCAGAGGGGAAGAAAGACGCGGGGAUGCUGAAGUACAUUCGGACACAGGUAAUGAGUCUGUCACCUGCACCUCUUUCCCUGCUUAUAAAAGCAGCUCCCAUCCUGACAGAGGAUAUGUAUGGAGACAUUCAGCCAGCUGCGUGGGAGCUGCUGCUCAGUGUCGAUGAGCACAUGGCUGCUGCUGCAGCGGCAAUGUUUCUGCUGUGUGCAGUAAAGGUUCCUGAUGCUGUCACUGAAAUGAUGAUGGCUGAGUUUCAGCACCAGGAAGCAAGUCAAAGGAUUAACUCAGUGCUCAAGUUCUACACUGUCUGGAGGUUCCGCUACCAGGUGUGGCCUCGCAUGGAGGAGGGAGCGCAACAGAUCUUUAAGAUUCCUCCACCCAGCAUUAAUUUCACUCUGCCAUCUCCUAUUCUGGGGAUGCCCUGUGUGCCCAUGUUUGAUCCGCCUUGGGUGCCAGUGAACACUGGAACUGUUCCAGAUGCAAUCAGUGAAGAUCAGUCUAAAUCGUUCUCGGCUCGGGCCGUAUCACGCUCUCACCAACGUGCUGAGCACAUCCUAAAGAACAUGCAGCAGGAAGACGAGAAAAGGAGACUGGGACGUGAGGCCAGCAUCAUCACAGCCAUCCCCAUCGCUCAGGAGGCCUGUUACGAGCCCACCUGUAGCCCUCCACCUGAACAGGAGGAAGAGGAAGAUGUGGUAAACCUGGCGUCUCGGCGUCUCUCUGUGAGCCCCUCCUGUGCCUCCAGCAAUUCGCACAGGAACUACUCAUUCCGCCGCGGUUCGAUGUGGUCAGUGCGCUCAGCAGUCAGUGCUGAAGAUGACGAAAACACUACAGAACACACACCAACACAUCACAUGUUGCAGCCGCCUCAGGCUGUUUUCCCAGCAUGCAUCUGUGCUGCAGUGUUGCCUAUAGUGCACCUAAUGGAGGAUGGAGACAUUCGAGAGGAUGGUGUUGCAGUUAGUGCCGUGGCUCAGCAGGUGCUGUGGAACUGUCUGAUUGAAGACCCAGCUCUCGUUCUCCGGCACUUUCUAGAGAAACUAACAGUUAGUAACAGACAGGAUGAGCUGAUGUAUAUGCUAAGAAAGCUACUCCUCAACAUCGGGGAUCUUCCUGCACAAACUUCACACAUUCUCUUCAACUACCUGGUGGGUUUAAUCAUGUAUUUUGUUCGGACGCCAUGCGAGUGGGGAAUGGAUGCUAUCUCAGCUACACUGACCUUUCUGUGGGAGGUGGUGGGCUAUGUGGAGGGCCUCUUCUUUAAAGACCUUAAACAGACCAUGAAGAAAGAGCAGUGUGAGGUGAAACUGCUGGUCACUGCCUCUAUGCCAGGAACAAAGACUCUGGUGGUUCAUGGGCAGAAUGAGUGUGAUAUUCCUACACAGUUACCAGUACACGAGGAUACACAGUUUGAAGCCUUGCUCAAGGAGUGUCUUGAGUUCUUCAAUAUACCAGAGGCCCGUUCAGCCAACUACUUCCUUAUGGACAAGCGAUGGAAUCUCAUCCACUAUGCCAAGACAUAUGUGCGAGACAUCUACCCUUUCAGGAGAUCAGUUUCCCCUCAGCUCAACCUGGUCUACAUGGAACCAGAAAAGGGACAGGAGCUCAUUCAGAAACAGGUGUUCUCCAGGAAGCUGGAGGAAGUGGGCCGAGUUCUCUUCCUCAUUUCUCUCACCCAGCGCAUGCCUGCAAUGCACAAACAGUCCCAUGUCUCCUUGCUUCAGGAAGACCUGCUGCGUCUGCCCUCCUUUCCUCGCACAGCCAUAGACGCAGAGUUCACUCUCUUCAAUGAGCCUCUGGGGAAAGAACUCUUUGGCAUGGACACUUUGCACAAGGUUUUGUGGAUCAAGCUGUUGGAGGAGAUGUUUCUGGGCAUGCCUAGCGAGUACCCAUGGGGCGAUGAGAUAAUGCUCUUUCUGAAUGUGUUCAACGGAGCCCUAUUGCUCCACCCUGAAGACAGUGCCCUCCUCAGGCAGUACACUGCCACAGCCAUCAACACCGCUGUGCACUUCAACCAUUUGUUCUCCCUGAGUGGCUACCAGUGGAUUCUUCCCACAAUGCUUCAGACAUACGCUGAUUAUGAAAGUAACCCAUUGCUGCGUCGAGGCAUUGAGUUCUGCUGCCGGCAGUUUUACAUUCUCCACCGCAAACCGUUCAUUCUGCAGCUGUUUGCCAGUGUGGCCCCACUGCUGGAGUUCACUACCUGCACCAGUACUGGACUGUCUAAAGGUGUGUCGGCACAGUGCCUGUUUGACCUGCUGCUGUCCCUGGAAGGAGAAACAACCGAUAGCCUGGAUGCUUUGGAGCUGGUCAAAGCUGAGAAACCACUACGCUCGCUGGAUUUUUGCUAUGGCAGUGAGGACCUAGCUUUCUCCAUCAGUGAAUCCAUCAAGCUGUGUGUAACUGUGGUGGCCUACGCUCCUGAAUCCUUUCGAAGUCUACAGAUGCUGAUGGUUUUAGAGGCGCUGGUUCCUUGUUAUUUGCAGAAACUGAAGAGUAACAGUCAAGCGCUUGAGUCAGUGUCUGUAGCUAGAGAUGAGAUUGCAGCUAUAGCCACACUGGCCACCUCUCUUCAGGCUUUGCUUUAUAGUGUGGAGUCCCUGACACGACCUAUGACUGCACCUCAGAUGAGUCGCUGCGAUCAGGGCCAUAAAGGAGGAACUGCUGCCAACCACACAAUGUCUGGAGGACCAAACACCAGAGAUAACCUGCACCUGCUGGAGGAGGGUCAGGGCAUGCCCCGGGAGGAGCUGGAUGAGCGCAUUGCCCGCGAGGAGUUCCGCCGGCCUCGAGAGUCGCUUCUCAACAUCUGCACUGAAUUCUACAAACACUGUGGCCCACGCUUAAAGAUCCUGCAGAAUGUGGCUGGAGAACCCAGAGUCACUGCUCUGGAGCUUCUGGAUAUAAAGUCUCAUAUGAGGCUGGCAGAGAUUGCCCAUUCGCUCCUGAAGUUGGCACCGUAUGACACUCUGACCAUGGAGAGCCGUGGCCUGCGCCGCUACAUCACCGAAAUGCUGCCCAUCACCGACUGGUCAUCAGAAGCAGUGCGGCCGGCUCUCAUCCUCAUUCUCAAGCGUCUGGACCGCAUGUUCAACAAGAUCCACAAGAUGCCCACGCUCAGGUGCGCCCGCCCACAGGCUCUGUACUCCAGACGACAGGUGGAAUGGGAAGCAGCCAGCAGUCUGAUCGAAGGGAUUUGUCUGACUCUUCAUCGUCAGCCGAUAAUUUCCUUUCUCCCCCACCUGCGCUCUCUCAUCAAUGUCUGUGUCAACCUGGUGAUGGGUGUGGUUGGACCCUCCAGCGUAGCAGAUGGUCUGCCAUUGCUGCACUUAAGUCCUUACCUCUCCCCUCCUCUCCCAUUCAGCACGGCUGUGGUUCGCUUAGUGGCCAUGCAAAUACAAGCUUUGAAGGAUGACUUUCCGCUCAGUCAGGUGAUCUCACCCUUUACUAAUCAGGAGAGACGAGAGGGCAUGCUACUUAAUCUUCUGAUUCCAUUCGUGCUGACUGUUGGCUCAGGAAGCAAAGACAGUCCUCAGAUUGAGCAGGCAGAGGUCUUCCUGCUCCUGCAGACAGUCAUCAACAUCCUGCUGCCUCCGCGCAUCAUCAGCACAUCUCGCAGUAAAAAUUUUGUUUUAGACGCAUCCCCGGCACACUGCUCCACCCCCGGAGACACGGGCAAGGACCUGCGACGAGAGGGACUGGCCGAGUCUACCAGCCAAGCCGCUUAUCUAGCUCUGAAGGUGGUGCUGGUGUGCUUCGAGAGGCAGCUGGGUAAUCAGUGGUACAGACUGAGUCUGCAGGUGAAGGAGAUGGCUCUGCGCAAAGUGGGUGGUCUUGCUUUCUGGGAUUUCAUCGACUUCAUAGUGCGCACUCGCAUCCCCAUCUUUGUGCUCCUGCGCCCCUUCAUACAGUGCAAGCUGCUAACCCAGCCGGCAGAGUCUCAGGAGGAGAUUACAGCCCGGCAUCACAUCGCUGACCAGUUGGAGAGGCGCUUUAUCCCACGCUCACUCUGCAAGAGCUCACUGUUCGCGGAGUUCAACAAUGAGCUCAAGAUCCUGAAGGAGGCCGUGCACAGUGGCUCGGCAUACCAAGGAAAGACAUCCAUUAGUACAGUGGGCACGUCCACAUCAGCCUACCGGUUGAGCCUGGCCACCAUGUCUCGGUCAAACACAGGCACAGGGACAGUGUGGGAACAGGACAGCCAGCCGUCUCGCCAGCCCUCACAGGACACACUUAGCCGCACUGACGAGGAGGAGGAGGAAAAUGAUUCUAUAAGCAUUCCCAGUGUGGUAAGUGAGCAUGAAGCAUUCAUACCCAGUGUAAUUACACAGCGGCGUUUCUCCAGCCAUGCCACAGGUUCUGCCUCCACACAGCCAGAGCCAGGUCUAAGCACCAUGCUGCCCAGUCACAGUGAACCCAAUGUGCUAGAUGAGUCCCAGGGGCUGCUGGAGGAGGGUACCCUGUCACGGGUUGCAAGUGUCCAAAGUGAGCCAGGCCAUCACAAUCUCUUACUUCAGCCACCACUUGGUCGAAAAAGAGGUCUUAGGCAGCUUCGUCGACCACUGCUGUCCAUCCCACAGAUGCAGGAUGACUGUCGUGGACGGCAUGGAGCCAGACUCUCAACCACUCGCAGGAGCAUUCAGCCCAAGAACAAAGCAGUUGAUAGAAUACACAGUGACCAAAAGAGGUCAGUCACCUUCACCGAAUCCCAGGAAGCUUCUAGAAAGUCUCCUUCUGCUACACCCACUCCCAGCACUGCUCUGCUGGGAGCGAAUGGAGCCAGAAGACCUAGCCACUCACCCACAGCUACUGCUCGCUCUGAGACUCCAUCACCCUCCAUCAGAGCUGAGCAGAACAUCCCAGCACAUCCACAGGCUUCACCUGUUGCCGAGAGUAAAGAAAAGCAAGACAAGGGUAGUACGAGAAGUAGCCUCUCCCCCACGCCAUCCUCCACUCCAGCCUCCAGGUCAUGCUCUCCCCUCCCUUCCUCUUUCCCGAUGCUGAGCACUCCUGUCCGUCUGAACCCGACUCAGAUCCGUGAGAGUCCAGAAGACGAGGAGACAUCAGGGCUUUUGGAAAACACAGACACCUCGCUCCACAUGGCUGAGGAGCAUGGCACAGAGAACCCUCUCCUCACCUCUCUCCUCACACCUCAUCCUCUGUCCCCUCUACCCCUGUCUCCUGUAGAUCUGGACCUAGACGAGUCUCAUGUCUGAAAGCCUCAAAACCUUUAAAAGCUUAAUCAAAAAGCAUCAGGGAAGGGUCAGUGAAAAUUCAGCAUUUGGCUAUUCAAAUGCCACAAUACGCCAUGACUCAUGAGGGAACAGGAAAGUGGUAGUUCUAUGUAAGUGACCACAAGAGUUUAAAAUCUCACAC